UGGGAACAGAUUACAAAGGACCCCUGGGUCCUCCAAGUAGUCUCCGGCUAUCAAAUAGAGUUUCUAGACAAUCCUGUACAACGAAACACCCCUCCUCCUAUCCCAUGUUCAUUGGACCAUCAAACCAUAAUAGAUCAGGAGGUUUGGGAACUGUUAUCAAGAGAGGCAGUCCAUUUCGUUCAACCCGACUCUCUACAGGAACCCGGAUUCAUCAGCUCCCUUUUUGUAAUACCCAAAAAGGGUGGGGGCCACAGGCCAGUGACAAAUCUAAAACCCCUAAACUGUUUCAUCCCAUACGAACACUUCAAAAUGGAGCCGAUCUCGAUUCUCCCUAGCUUUUCUAAGUUUCUUGAAAAGGUUGUUUAUAACCGUCUUUAUAAUUAUUUAAGUAAACUAGAAAUUCUGUGUGAUAAUCAAUUUGGCUUCAGGAAAAAUCAUUCAACUUCUUUAGCAUUGAUUGACCUAUAUGAAAAAAUCUCCCUUGCUCUUGAUCGCAAUGAACAUGCCGUUGGCGUUUUCCUUGAUCUUUCUAAGGCCUUUGAUACCGUCGAUCAUAAUAUUCUGCUUGACAAACUCGAACACUAUGGUAUACGUGGCGUGGCUCUGGACUGGGUUAGAAGCUACCUCUCCAACAGGUUGCAAUUCGUUCAAUUUAACGGUCAAUGCUCCUCUCCUCAAACUAUCUGCUGUGGUGUCCCCCAGGGAUCUAUUUUGGGCCCCUUGUUUUUCUUGCUCUAUAUUAAUGAUUUAAAUAAUGUAUCGUCGCUCGUCGAGCUGAUUUUAUUCGCUGAUGAUACUAAUUUAUUUAUGUCCCAUAAAGAUCCUGUCUACCUGGCAGCCUCACUCAAUUCCGAACUUAAUAAAUUAUCCACUUGGUUCAAGGCAAACAAACUCUCCUUAAACCUAAAGAAAACAAACUUUAUGUUAUUUAAGCCUAGACAGAAAAGGUAUCAUUUUCCAAUGCAAGUAUGCAUAAACGAACAGAGAAUCGAACAGGUUAAGGAAACGGUCUUCCUCGGUGUAGUCCUUGAUGAACAUCUGUCUUGGAAACCGCACAUUUCUCAAGUAGCUCGUAAAAUCUCGAAAUCAAUAGGUGUCAUUAAUAGAGCAAGAUUUUUUCUACCUAAACCGUGUCUAAAAACUCUUUAUUAUUGUUUAGUUUAUCCUUAUCUUCAUUAUUGUAUUAUUGUCUGGGGAUCUACGUACAAAACCAAUCUUCGCCGUCUUGUCUCUUUGCAAAAGCGAGUUAUCAGAAUUAUUUCUAAAUCAACUUUCGAUUCUCAUUCAGACCCUAUUUUCAAAGAAUUAGAGCUACUAAAACUUUCCGAUAUUAGACAGCUAGAAUUAGGUAAACUUAUGUUUUCUCUUAACCAUUCUCUUUUGCCUUCAAAGUUCAACAAUUAUUUUUCUUUAAACAAACAAGUCCAUAGCUAUGCCACUAGACACGCGAACGAUUUUCACCUUCCUUCUUGUAGAACAAACCUUCGUAAAUUUUCUGUCAGUUUCCAAGGACCUACUUAUUAUAACACUAUAGAAAAUGAUAUUAAAGAAUCUAAUUCUCUCCACUUAUUCAAAACGAAAUUGAAAAAAAAAUUAUAUAUGAAUUAUUAGUUAUAAAUCUUGUAGUAAAUAUAGUUAUAUUUCUUCCAUGUCUGAUAUUAUUUUUAUACUUAUUGUUACUUGUACCAUACCUUAUAUUUUGUCAACUCAGUCUAUGUAAUUAGUUAAUUUAUACUUACCUUCAUUGUAUUUUGCUUUCGAUCCUGGCCUUACCGUUACUGUUAACUUUAUUUUUACUCUGAGGGAGCCCAAUGUCUAUAAGCCCCAUGGUUUCUGUUUGGGCUUCCUCGCCACUUUCAUUUGCUUUUGUGUAACUGUCUUGUUUUAUCGUUAUUUGUAUUUUUUGUGGUAAAUCAAAUAAAGUUAAAGCAAAAUGGAGUCCAUACACAUGUUAA